GCAACACUGCCAGCCCAAGGCCUGCCUAAAUUCUCUCGCUUCGUCAACCCGCAGGACUAUCUCCAUCUUCCUAGGCUUUGAUUUCUUAUACGUUCGCUUGCCUUGGGGAACAGUGCAAUCUCACUUAAAUGGUUUCGCCUCCACCGGCAACGCUUCACCAUCUUCAAGGCAUGAGCUAGCACAUAAGGGAUAUUCCGUCCACAUUGUUAAAAUGGCCCAGGUUAAUAUCGUCUCUCACUAUCUCACAUCUAGUGCUCUUCAUCUUAUAAUAAGGUCGAGCCACCAUCUACGGUGAAGCAUGCUCAUUCCAAAGCCUACGCAUGAUCCGUCCUGGGGACAAUAUCGUUCCCUCAGUGAAGCAACCAACAACAUGGCUCUACAUGACAUGCCAUCCGUGUUUGACUCCUCGGAGCCCAUUCCACUCUCCUCUCGUUUUGCGAAGCUUAAGCGGAACAUGAUUGCUUGUCGGGAGAAAGACGUUGCAGAGUCCUUCUAUCGCUUGAUUCGCGCGCUCCGCAAGGAAGCCGACGAUAUUGCAGCAAGAGGGUCGAAUGUGAUCCCGACAAUCGACUAUUUCGACAUCCACGAUAGUGCAAAGGCAUCUGCGUUCAGGAAAGCCCUCAGGAGACGCGGCGUAGCCGUCAUCAAGCGCGUGGUCCCGACGACCGUCGCCCAGGCCUGGAAAGAUGAAACGCUAGACUACAUCGCCGAUAACCCGCAGACCAAAGGACACCCAUCACACGACCCCCAGCUAUUCGACCUCUAUUGGAGCCCAAGCCAAGUCCGUGCCCGUGCUGACUCGCGUCUGCUCGAUGCACAGCGAUUCGCAAUGCGUACUUGGCAUUCUAGUGAUGAUCACGCCCUCGUCAGCUCCGAAUACCCAGUCGUAUACGCAGACCGGCUGCGCGUACGAACGCCAGACGAAAUGUCACCCACCGGCGGCGCCCACAUCGACAAUGGCAGUGUAGAACGCUGGGAGCCUGAUGGGUACGGGGCGUCAGGGACGUACAGCUCAGUGUUCUCAGGGCGGUGGGAGGACUACGACCCUUGGGAUAGUAGUCCACGUCUACACAUCACGACAGACCUCUACAACCGCUCCGGGUCAUGCAGUAUGUUCCGGAUGUUCCAAGGAAUCCUCAGUCUCUCGUCUGUGCCAGCGGGCAGCGGCGCCCUAACAGUGUGCCCGAUGCUGCAGCUAAGCACAACGUAUCUGCUCCUCCGCCCGUUCUUCACACCACGGCACAAGAACCCUGCAGCGAAGAUGAUGGACAACUACCAGAUGGGCAUGAGCAUGGGCAUGGGCACGAGCAGCGACAGAAGGAGGGCCGAGAUGGACUUCCUGCACCCAACGAACUGGAAUCUCAACGUCUCGCAGACGAGCGUGUUACACGGCGCCGUGCCAGGCUACGUCCAGCAGCUCAGCAGCGCGCUGCAUCCGCAUCUCCAGAUGCACCGCACCAUGGUCUCCGCCCCGGACCUCGAGCCCGGCGACUACGUGAUCUGGCACCCUGACGUGGUGCACGCCGUAGAUACAGCAUACUUCCCGGGCCACAGCCCCCUCAGUCCCAGCCGCAACCCGUACCCGCCGUCGAAUUUCACCCUGACGCCUCCCUCAAGCAAUCCCUUCGCGCCAUUGCCUUCUCCGUAUUCCUUCUCCAGCAGCUCGUCCCGCUCGGGCUCGAUUCGAUCUCGCUCGGAUUCAUUCUCCUUCUACUCGCCUCUCUCCUCCUCAUCCACAUCGUCUCCAAGCUCUUCCUCCCCACCCUACCGCCGUCCCCAUCUUCACUCCCACCACUCCUCAUCCUCAUCCGCCUCGUCCUCCCCGUCCGACGCAACGCUUCUCUACAUCCCCUCCUGUCCGCUCACGCAGACGAACGCGCUCUACCUCGCCCGUCAACGCCGCGCUUUCCUCCUCGGCCUCCCGGCCCCCGAUUUCGCAGAGAUCGGCAACUCGGCCGGCGAGCGCGACCACACGGGCCGCGCAGACGUGCAGGACGUGGCUGAUGCCGGCGGCGACGACGCCUUGCGGAGCAUGGGGCUGAGUCCCUUCGAGGUCCGGCGUGGUGAUUCCGCUUACAGUAGUAGUAAUAGUAGUACUGGUAGAAGAGAAAGGGAACGAGGAGGAGGAGGAGGAGGGUGGGAUAAAGACGUCGAGUUAUUACGUCUUGCGAAUGGGAUUCUAUUCCCUGAUCGGUUUGAUGCUGUUUUGAGGAAGGGCGGGGGUAGACGGUGAGGUGAGGUGAGGUGAUUGCCACUGAUUGGAAUAAAUCAGGACAGAAGAGUCAAGGAGGGGAGGACUUAAUGGAGUUGAGCAGCAAAAGGAAUUUGUCAAGUAUAUGAGGAUCUAAUCGAGAAUUUUUUUCUGGUUUCCAGCGGAAUUCAUCUGGGGUGCUGUGACGGUGGGUUGGCUGGCUCAUGAAAUAUGGAUAGAAUGAUACUUUGAUAGACUACUUAAUGAGUAGCAUUUCUCAACGAACAAGAUCACGAGCAAC